AUGCUUUGGGAAAAAGGGGCUCAAGCUCGGGUGAUAGAUGGAUUCACUGGUUUUGAGUUUCUGGUGUGGCUUUGUGUUAGUGUUCCUUUGGUUUCUUGCUUUUGGUAUUGUUAUUACUACUAUUUCCUUUUUCAUUUCUUUGACGUAAGGAAAUAUCUCAAACACCACACAUCGUUAUCAUCAAUAUCGCGUCACCGAUUGCUCUCUCUCGCUUUCGCUCUCACUCCGAUCUUGCUCUGUUCACGAUUCUUCUCCGAUCUCACUCUCCCUUCGAUCUUGCUCCGAUCUCAAUCUCCUUCGAUCCUCUUCGCCGCAUUCCUCCUUCCUCGCGAUUGUUAUUCUUCGUUGAAAUUUGAUGUUGUAGUGCUCGAUUCUUCUCCGAUUUGGCGAACCGUAUAUGGAACCGUGGAUUUCCCCAAACUAACUUUUAAUGAAAGUGUGAAGCUUAGAGCUGGUGUUAACAAAAUCUCCCUUCUGAGUGUUGCAGUUGGGCUUCCGGAACUUAAAGAUGUUGGUAAUCCAACAAUAUUGGCAUCCACUAGGCGACAAGCAUUUAGAGAUAGCCUAGAACAGAGAAUCCUCAAUGCUGAAACUUUCCCAUAUUAUGUAAGCGAUACAACAAAGAAUGUGUUGAUUAUUUCUACAUAUAUUCAUUUGAAGUGCAAUGGUUUUGAAAAAUAUGCUUCAGAUCUCCCGUCGGUGUGCCCACGGAUAUUGUUAUCUGGUCCUUCAGGUGAUCGAGUAAAAUUUGUCGGUAACUUUCCACCUGCUGUCUCAUCACUACAAAAUUAUUCUUCAAGGGCGUAUUCUAGCGUGAGAGAGCUACUUAUAUGUCUCACCCGUGAGAGACUGAAUUUUAACCGCUGGAUGAGUUAAACGGUUGUGAUGUUGUACCUGGAGAAGGGAAAAUUCCUGCAGUUAUACCAGUAUAUAGCAGUUGUGUUCGGAUAUCGGAUGAUUAACUAAUCAUGUAUAUGCCAGAAUAUGCAUUUGGUGAGAGUGGAAAACCUUCAUCAGGAGAUGAUGUUGUUGUGCCUCCCAAUGCUUCGCUCCAAAUGGAUCUUGGGUUAGUCUCGUGGAGGAUUGUAUCUGACAUUACUAAGGAUAGGAAGGUCCUUAAGAAGAUCUUAAAGGAAGGAGAGGGAAAUGAAAGACCAAAUGAUGGAGCUAUGGUUCUAGGUACAGUUUUGCUAAUAAAAACUUUUAAAGGUUUUUGUACUUUGAUUUCAUUUGUAAAGGUGAGAAUAUUAUGUCUUCAUUUUCUUUAGGUUUUUUAGUUUUGACAAAGUUGGAAGAUAUACUUGAUUACUUAUAUAAUGCUAACAUGUGUUU